AGAAGAAGAAGAAGAAGAAGAAGAAGACCGGCGUCAGUUGUGUUGCGGCGUGGUGACGUACCCGGAAGUGUGUGAUCAACAGGGGCCGCUAACAGCGGCUAACAGCGGCUAACAGCGGCUAACACAGGGUGGUCUGUGGAUGGAAGUGUGGAGCUCUGCGAUGGGACCGGAGAGAGUCUUACCGAACUCUGAGGACGAGCUGGGGGAGGAUGAGCGUCCCGCAGACGGAGCGCUGCUGCCGGCGUGGAGUGGGGGAGAGGUGGGGGGGGGGGGGGGGGAGAUGGAGCUGGAUGGAGAGGAGGAGGAGGAGGAGGAGGAGGAAGAGGGGAACAGUGGAGGGUAUUAUUACCAACCUCUGAACCAGGACCCUGACGGGGUCAACGGCGGCGAGGACCGGGGGGAGGAGGGGGAGGAGAGGGGGGAGGAGGAGGCCCCCUCCCACACGGAGCAGCUGCAGCAGGUCCAGCAUCGGAUAGAGGUGAUGGGUCUGCACCUUCCUGAAGCUCCGCCCCCCGACAGUGACGAGGACGAGGACUCUGAGGGGGCGGCGGCCGUGAGGAGCCGAGCCUCCAUCCCCAUGGACGCAGACCACGUGGAGCUGGUGAAGAGGACGAUGGCCGCCGUGGCGUUGCCGUCUCUCGGUGUGCCGUCGUGGGCCAGAGAGAUCUCAGACGACCAGUGGAAGGACAUGGUGGAGAACACCCUGCAGAGCCGGCAGAGCGCCGCCGCCCUGCGCCUCCCCCGCAGGAGCAACCUCAACGGACCCUGAACGCACCACGGACCCUGAACGCACCACGGACCCUGAACGCACCACAGCCCAACCACAUCUACGGACCCUGAACGCACCACGGACCCUGAACGCACCACGGACCCUGAACGCACCACAGCCCAACCACAUCUACGGACCCUGAACGCACCACGGACCCUGAACGCACCACGGACCCUGAACGCACCACAGCCCAACCACAUCUACGGACCCUGAACGCACCACAGCCCAACAACAUGAACGGACCCUGAACGCACCACAGCCCAACCACAUGAACGGACCCUGAACGCACCACAGCCCAACCACAUCUACGGACCCUGAACGCACCACAGCCCAACAACAUGAACGGACCCUGAAUACACCACCACAGCUUCAACACUAGCUGACCCUGAAUGCACCACGACCACUACUUACAUCAGGUGACUCUAAACACAUCACAACCACCAUCAAUGGACCCUGAACGCACCACGACCACUUCAGGGACACUGACAGAGGGUCAGGUAUUAAUGAAGGUGACUAUAAGUGAACAUCAGAGAGAAUCACAACUGAAAGUUGAGUUUAACGUGAGUCAUUGAACCUUGCUUUGUCUCUGAUUUACUCUGGUACCAAUAUGUAAUCAAUAUGUAAUCAAUAUGUAAUCAAUAUGUAAUCAAUAUGUCAUUGAUUGAAGCUCAUUUGUGUCUUUGUCCAGAUGUUUGUUAUGAAUAAACUCGAGAGGCUGAACCUUUAGAUUAACACUGA